AUGUCGGCCUUGCAGACGUUCAUGCUGGUCGUUGACCAUGACAAGCAGGAAGCUAGACAGAUUGCCGAGCGAGUUGCCCAAGAUGUGGAGAGCAGGAAGACGACCCUCGUUGAAAUCGUACAGUCUCUGGGAGAAUAUAUCAAUGACGAAGACCCACUCCUCCGGGGCAAGGCCGUUUCCUACCUGACCGCAGUGAUUAAAGCCCUUCCUCCGAAGUUUCUCACGAGACAACAAGUUCAGGUCCUGACGACGUUCUUUUGUGACCGUAUUGAAGAUGGGGGUGCUGUUGCUGGACUCGAGACAUUGCAGAAGUCGGAUAGGUUUACAAAGAGCAUGGCCGCGGAAUUGGCGAUGGCGCUUUUUGCGAACUUCGGUUCCCUGCAGUCUCGGGCUCAAUCCCAAAGAUUCCAGGUUUACCAGUUGCUAAAUGAACUAAUGUCCAAUCACAGAGCCGUCUUACACGAAAUGGGUGAUACAUCUCUUGUUGGGACAGUUGAUCUCAUGACAGGCGAGAAGGACCCGCGCAAUCUUAUGCUGGUAUUCUCUAUUUUGAAGGUGAUCAUGGUUGAAUGGGAUAUUUCAAACCAUGUCGAGGUUUUGUUUGAUUCUGUCUACAACUACUUUCCUAUCACAUUCAGGCCACCGCCCAAUGAUCCCUAUGGGAUCACCGCUCAAGAUUUGAAAGACCGCUUGCAGGACUGCAUUUCUUCGACGAGUCACUUCGCUCCGCAUGCUAUCCCGUCAUUGUUGGAUAAGCUGGAUUCAACUUCCCCGAAUGUUAAGAAAGAUGCACUCAACGCGUUAAUCGCUUGUAUCGGUUUAUAUAACGCGGAUACCGUGUCAACGUAUUCAAUCACAAUAUGGGAGACUCUGAAGUUUGAGAUUCUAAACGCUCAAGAAGAAUUUCUAUCCGAACUUUCACUUCAGGCUUUGCAUGAUAUAGCAAAACGUUUAUCGGAGGGUGUGACGGAAAUAUCCGACCAGUUGCCUCUGGCUCACUACCUACGACCGAUAACUAAAGAAUGUAAUGAGCAGUUGCGAGAGCCCCAGCAAAAACAAGCCAGACCCGCCCAGCAGAUUCUGAAAGCCAUAUCCGAGGCCUCUGCAGCCUCCUUUACCCUCAUUGUGCAGGUUGUCGUUGCGCCUCUCCUGACACUUUACCAGGGAGCCGACGGGAUCACAAAACAGCGUGCCCUUCUGGAAACAUUAACAUUGUUCUUCGAAUCCGCAAUCGCAGUAUUUGGAGAGUGGACAACGAGGGAUCCUGCCGUAUCUGCCGAGAAUCCUCUAAUAGAGUUUAAAGACCAAUUCUCGGAAAUAUUCGGCCAGGCCUUGAUGGGCACAGUUAAAGAAGAGGUUUCCUUCCGCAUCUCUGCUCUAAGAGGGUUCUUGCGCCUGUCAAUCGUGCGCGACUACUUCCAUGAUUCCGAGAUUGGUCUAUUCGUGCAAUAUCUUAACGAGAUUCUCUUAAAGGAAGAGUCAGUCGGCCGCGAUGACCUGAAAAAAGAAGCCAUUUCCGCCCUGGCUGAGAUCUCAAAACAUCAACCACGGCUAAUAAUGGACAUUACAUUCCCAGCCUUCGUGGCAACGCUCCCUGACUCUGAUGAAGGGGCGGAGUCCAAUUAUAUUCCGACUCUCGAAACUCUGGCGCAGAUAAGUGUUGAGAAGGCCAUUUUCGAGACAUUGGUACGCCGACUACUAACUAAGUUGUCGCUACUGUUGCAGAAGGAGGAGCCAGGAUCUGCUGCCUACCCAAGAGCUAUUCUCUUGACGAUCUUCUAUGUUAUGAACCAGAGGGAACUAGAAGGCGACUCAAGUCUGGAUAUGUACUAUGACAAAAUAGUGGUUGCUAUGUGCCAACGCGCAGCCGCAACGGCUUCAGGUAAAGCGGCCAAUAACGUCCUGGCCGAUCCUACGGUUUUGGACAUUUUGGGAAGGCUCUGUAACAUCAUAGUUAGAGCCCUUCCAAGAUCAAAACAGGAUGAAGUUACGAAGAACAUCUACACUUUAUUCGCUUCUCCUGGUGACUUCCGGCCUGUUCCAUUCACGCAGUCGUCGACCGACCAGCGACGCACAAUGAUCCUGUCGAGUUACCUCCUGGCCGGUCUACCAGCAGACUCUACUCUGCCUCAUGGGAUUUCCGAGCUUCUCUCAAGCACCGUGAAGCUCUCGAUAAACGAAACCGAACCACCCACCCAGAUCGCGAUCCUUCGCCAUGUUGCACUCCUCGUGAACAAGUUCCUUCUCAAACCAGAGCUUGGAGUAGCAACCAGUUUACUCGACUCCCUUCUCUCUGGUGAAACUACCGCCACAGAGUCUCAAAGCCCAGAGACCGUCAAGACGAUAUUUUGGCUCUCCAAGGCCCUCAUUCUCAGACUCGCUCCUACAACAACCCAAAUACUUACUUCCAUUUUGUCUCUCCUGUCUUCUCCCUCUGAAAAAACAAGCACAACAGCCUCCCGCGGGUUUGGCAUCCUUCUCAAAGAUGAUGACGUCCUCUCCACCACAAACGGCGCCAACAUCCGCCUCCUGGCAAAACAGCGCGUCUUCACAACACUAAUUCCACUUAUCUCUUCCAAAAUUCGUGAAAUAAACAUCACAAACAACGCCGAUACUAAUACGGCGCCAUCCACAACAGAACACAUCAAGCCCGCACACCUAACAGCCCUCUCAGGAAUCCUAUCAACCAUCUCCGCCACCCUCGUCUUGCCCGAACUUCCCACACUCCUCCCCCUACUCUUACAAUCCCUUGACCUCCAAACAGCAGACUCACAGGCCGUCCGAGCUGCAACGCUACAGACGCUCGCCAUCAUCAUCCGUGAGAGUGGCGUCACAGUCAUAGACGAAUGCGGACACGUUCAAAGUCUCGUUUCGAGACUCCUCAAGACAGCCGAGCACAAGUCGUCCAGUGACGGAGAAGACGUAAAGAUAAACCCACCCCGACUUCGUGUUGACGCGCUCAGAUGUUUGUUCUUACUCGCGCAGCCGCCGAAUGCGGAGGGUGCUCCUGCUGUUGCGAAGAGCGGCAAAGCGUCACCUCUUCUGCCGGUGCGGAACCAGGUUCUUCGCGCUUUGGGGUUUGUUCUUGAUGACCCAAAGCGUGAUGUACGGAAAGCUGCUGUUGAUGCCAGGGGGGCUUGGUUGAGGGGUGUUGAUGCUGUUGAGGAGGAUGAUGAUUGA